CUUCUCCUGGGGCCAGGAUGGGGUUUGGGAGCAGCUUUGGGGUCGCUCUGCUUUGCUGGGUGUUGGCUCCGGCCGCAUCCUCCGAUCCCUGGGGUUUUCCCCCGAGGAAUUCCGGGACGUGGCGGCUGCGGGGUGACUCCCCCCGGAGCAGUGUCCCCGGCGUGUCGCAGCCCUGGGCGCGGGUGGAUCUGUCGCAGCUGCGGGCGCUGUCCCCGCGGCCCGCGGUGGCCGUGCGCUGCCAGGAGGGGCAGCUGGCGGUCACCGUGCGCAGGGACCUCUUUGGCACCGGGCGCCCGGUGCGGGAGGCGGAGCUGAGCCUGGGCACGGCCUCCUGCCCGCCCGUGUCCCCAAACCCCGCCCAGGCCUUUGUCACCUUCGUGGCCGCGCUGCACGAGUGUGGCAGCACCCUGCAGGUGACCCCAGACUCCCUGAUCUACAGAACCACCCUGUUCUACAAGCCCACACGUGUUGGCAACCCCCUUAUUGUGAGGACCACCCCAGCCGAGGUCCCCAUUGAGUGUCACUACCCCAGGAGGAGCAAUGUGAGCAGCGGUGCCGUGCACCCCACGUGGGCCCCGUUCCACGCCACAGCAGCGGCAGAGGAGAGGCUCCGGUUCUCCCUGCGCCUCAUGGAUGAUGAUUGGAGCAGAGAGAGGCUCUCCAAUGGCUUCCAGCUUGGGGACAGCCUCCGCUUCCAGGCCGAUGUCACCUCGGAGGGCCACGUGCCCCUGCGGCUCUUUGUGGAUCAGUGCGUGGCCACCGCGACCCCCGACAGGAGCUCGUCCCCCCGCUACGCCUUCAUCGACCUGGGCGGGUGUCUGGUGGACAGCAGGGCAGAGGACACCGGCUCAGCCUUCGUGUCCCCGCGGCCCCGGCUGGAGUCGCUGCGGUUCUUGGUGGACGCCUUCAAAUUCGCCGGAGACGCUGGGAAUUUGCUCUACAUCAGCUGCCACCUGCGGGUGUCCCCGGCAGCUCAAGCCCCGAAUCCCUGGAAUAAAGCCUGUUCCUUCAGCAAAGCCAGUGGCCUGUGGGCACCUUUGGAGGGCACUGCAGCCAUCUGCAGCUGCUGUGACACCGGCAGCUGUCCCUCUCCUGGAGGAGAUUCCCGGGAAUUCCGCGCUCCGGCCGCACGGAUGGGCAGGCGCGUGAGGAGGGACGGCCCUGGCCAGAGAGGUGGGCCCUCAGGGCCAACUGAGGCCGAUGUGUCCGUGGGACCCCUGCUAAUCCUGGAGCCAGCUCAGGGAUUAAUGAGCCCCUCUGGAAGUCCAGGAGCAGCUGGGAACACCCACCAGGGUGCUGCUGGUGGAAUUCCUGUGGUGAUCCAGGGGCUCCUGCUGACAGCAGCCACUCUGCUGAGCUUGACUGCCCUGGGAAUGCUCCUGGCAAUGUACAGGAAAAGGCUCUGUCCUCUGGGAAUGUCCCAGUGAUCCCAAUCCAAAUAAAGAGUGAAGCAUUUGUCA